AUCACCACCAUCAUCAUCCUGGCUGUUGCGCAAAGGGCACUGAACGCUGCAUCGUCCCUUCCUCUGUUUACGAACAACAGCCAGAACUGGGUCCUUGAUUCUCUGAUUGCGCGAACCGCCCGAUGCUUUCCUCCUCCCUCUGAAUCGGAUUCUGGACCCCCCUGUAUUCAGUUAUCUGCGCAGACUUAAUCAGGCUGCAGCAACCAUGUCGCCCUCGACAGCUCAUAUAUCCAGCCAGUUACGGCAACUCAUAUAUUACCACCUUGACAACAACUUGAUUCGAAACGCACUCUUCCUUGCUGGUCGAUUACAUGCCUACGAGCCCCGAUCUUCGGAAGCGUCAUACUUAUUGGCCCUCUGCCAUCUUCAGAGCGGGCAGUCCAAAGCUGCGUACGAAUACAGUCGAAAUUCAGGUUCGAGAGGGACACAUGUGGGCUGCUCAUACGUCUACGCGCAGGCGUGUCUGGAUCUGGGGAAAUAUAUCGAGGGUGUCACGGCGCUAGAACGAAGUAGAGGACUCUGGGCUUCAAAGAACCACUGGAAUAAGCAUAGCGAAACGCGAAGACAGCAUCUUCCAGAUGCGGCGGCGGUUCUCUGCCUACAGGGUAAGCUCUGGCAGGCGCACAGAGAUCUCAAUAAAGCUGUCGAGUGCUAUGUGGAAGCCCUGAAGCUGAAUCCUUUCAUGUGGGAUGCGUUCCUGGGACUUUGCGAAACUGGCGUCAACGUGCGGGUCCCGAACAUUUACAAAUUGAGUCCGGAUUUACUAGCUAUGCUCUCGUCACCGGGGAACAAUGAUGCCACGCCGCUCGAGAGGUCAGCCACAAAUGGAGCAUUACAACCGCAAGCCAAUGCCAACCCUAAUAUCGAUCCUUUUACCACAACAUCUACAUAUGGCAGCUCGGCCCUAUGGGAAAAGCUAAAUGGCAGCACGGUAAGUGUUGCAUCUGCCGGAGUGCAGUCUAUACCCGAAGGAUCGGAGACCCCAGUAGCUCAAAGUGAUUCGGACGAUCGUUUCGCGCACGCUGCCGGCGGGACGGAAUCUUCAUGGGAGCCUCCUCUGGCACCCGCGAGGAGAAAUAGAGCGAUGCAUACUGUGGGAGUCGACUAUACCGCCGAUCCUCCACCAAAAAUGAGAACGACUGUCAAAUCUCGACUUCGAACAAGGGCGGAACCGGAGGAACAGAGCUCGGUUCAUAUUGAAAGAGAGCAGCCUCCUGCGCUAGCUGUGGGAGAACGAAAACGGACGAUUUCAGGGCAAGUAGCCCACCCGCCAUCCCAGCCAACUGAACCUGGGGCGCCUCAAAGACGGAGUGUUCGCCUUUUCAACCAGAUCAGGCCAACUAGCAAGUUAUCGAGCACCGCGUUGGGGGCUAAAGACAGCAGGGAACUCAAAAAGGUUAAGGCUACAGGGACAAAAGGUCGUACAGCUACCACGUCUGCUGUUGGUCGCGUGGUGAGUGGUAAUCGAAAACCAGCCAGCGAUGGAAUAGAAACGAAUGGCAGAGACCAUACGUCAGGUGCGGCAGCACACGGGACUGCCAGCAGCGGAACCUCUAGAGCAGCUUCGAUCGAGAGGUCGAGAGAAAUCGAGGCCCUGGGCUGGCUCUUGGACCUCUUUUCAAAACUGGGAACGGGAUAUUUCGCUCUGAAUCGCUAUAAAUGCCAGGAGGCCAUUCAGAUUUUCAAUACACUUCCUCAGAGCCAGAGAGAAACUCCAUGGGUACUCUCCCAGCUGGGACGUGCAUACUACGAGCAAGCGUUGUAUCCCGAGGCUGAAAAGUACUUCAUCCGGGUGAAGACGAUUGCACCAUCACGAUUGGAGGAUAUGGAAAUCUACUCGACUGUCCUAUGGCAUUUGAAAAACGACGUGGAAUUGGCGUACUUGGCCCACGAACUCAUGGAGAUUGAUCGGUUGUCACCGCAAGCAUGGUGCGCCGUGGGUAAUUCUUUCUCUCACCAGCGUGAUCACGACCAAGCUUUGAAGUGUUUCAAGCGCGCAACCCAAUUAGACCCCAAGUUCGCAUAUGGGUUCACUUUGCAAGGCCACGAAUACGUUGCCAACGAGGAAUAUGACAAGGCGCUAGACGCAUAUCGGCACGGUAUCAGCGCGGAUAAUCGACAUUACAAUGCAUGGUACGGUCUCGGUACGGUGUACGAGAAAAUGGGCAAACUGGAGUUCGCGGAACAACACUUCCGCAACGCAGCGAGCAUCAACCCCACGAAUGCAGUCCUGGUCUGCUGCAUUGGUCUGGUGUUGGAGAAGAUGAACAACCCGAAAGCGGCGUUGAUCCAGUACGGACGUGCUUCAUCACUGGCCCCUCAGUCGGUGUUGGCCCGAUUCAGGAAAGCUCGGGCCUUGAUGAAACUUCAGGAGCUCAAGCUUGCCCUGGUGGAGCUGAAGGUCCUCAAAGACAUUGCUCCCGAUGAGGCUAAUGUGCAUUAUCUUCUGGGCAAGCUCUACAAGAUGUUGCACGAUAAGGGUAAUGCGAUCAAGCAUUUCACAACGGCCUUGAAUUUGGAUCCCAAGGCGGCGCAAUACAUCAAGGACGCUAUGGAAACCUUGGACGAAGAUGAAGAGGACGAUGAGGACAUGGCAUAGGCGACUGGAUAGUUUAAGGUCAU